CCCCCUGAGCGGACCAAUGGGAGCCGGAAGCGUCGUCCCGGGGCGCGGGGCGCGAGGAGGCGCAUGGCGGACGCGGUGCUGUUCGAGUUUCUGCACACCGAGAUGGUGGCGGAGCUGUGGGCCCCGGACCCAGGCCCUGGCUCGGGGGGAAAGAAGAAGAGCCUGUCGGUCCUGGAGGGCCUGGGCUUCCGCGUGGGCCAGGCUCUGGGCGAGAGGCUGCCCCGCGAGACGCUGGCCUUUAGAGAGGAGCUGGACGCUCUCAAGUUCCUGUGCAAAGACCUGUGGGCUGCCACGUUCCAAAAGCACAUGGACGGACUCCGCACCAACCACCAGGGGACCUACGUGCUGCAGGACAACAGCUUCCCCCUCCUCGUCACCAUGGGCUCGGGGUCACAGUAUCUGGAGGAAGCUCCCAAGUUCCUGGCCUUCACCUGCGGCCUUCUGUGCGGCGCCCUCCAUACGCUGGGCUUCCAGAGCCUGGUCACCGCCUCUGUGGCUGCCCUGCCCGCCUGUAAGUUCCAGGUGGUGAUCCAGAAGUCCUGAGGACCCCAGGCCUGCCCUGCCUGACCCCAGCCUCAGGAGACUGGUACCUUGGCCCCGUCCAGCUGGUCACCUUUGCAGGUGGCUUUGAAGCUGGAGUUCACAGGCUCUGAGGUGAUCGCGUGCUUCAGAUGAGGGAAUGGAAGGAACUGGAGGGUCCCAGGAGGCAAAACCAUCCAGUGACUCCAGGAUGGGCAUGGAGGGACAUUAAGGCCUCUGUCACCCGGAUGGCGAGUGCUCAAUAAAGUUCUUUACAUGGGAA